AGAUGCGCAGAAAAAGAGGAGGCGGGCAAGCCCGACAGGCGGAGCCGCGAGGCGGGGCUUGGGCGCGUGCACGUGCGUGCGUGCGUGUGUGGGCGCGGCACGCAGCACGCCGUGCGUGAGGCGGAUGUCCGGGCCGGCUGUGCCGGGGCCGCGGAUGAGAUGGCGGAAGGCGGAGGCUGCCGUGAGCGACCGGAUGCGGAGACCCAGAAAUCCGAGCUCGGGGCCUUGUUGAGGACCACGCUCCAACGGGGGGCGCAGUGGUAUCUGAUUGACAGCCGGUGGUUCAAGCAGUGGAAGAAGUAUGUGGGUUUUGACAGCUGGGACAUGUACAAUGUGGGUGAACACAACCUGUUUCCCGGCCCGAUAGAUAACUCCGGACUCUUUUCAGAUCCUGAGAGUCAGACCUUAAAAGAACACUUAAUUGAUGAACUGGACUAUGUAUUGGUUCCAGCUGAGGCCUGGAAUAAGUUACUAAACUGGUAUGGCUGUGUUGAAGGCCAGCAGCCCAUUGUCAGAAAAGUCGUGGAGCAUGGCCUGUUUGUCAAGCACUGCAAAGUAGAGGUAUAUUUGCUGGAACUGAAGCUCUGUGAGAACAGUGACCCCACCAAUGUGCUGAGUUGCCAUUUCAGCAAGGCAGACACCAUCGCAACCAUCGAGAAGGAGAUGCGGAAGCUGUUCAACAUCCCUGCGGAGCGUGAGACGCGGCUCUGGAACAAAUACAUGAGUAACACCUACGAGCAGUUGAGCAAGUUGGACAAUACUGUCCAGGAUGCUGGGCUAUACCAGGGUCAGGUGCUAGUAAUUGAGCCCCAAAAUGAAGAUGGGACAUGGCCCAGGCAGACCCUGCAGUCAAAAUCAAGCAUUGCGCCUAGCAGAAAUUUUACUACCUCUCCAAAAUCAUCAGCAAGUUCCUAUUCCUCAGUGUCUGCCUCUCCCAUUGCCAAUGGUGAUAGCACUAACACCUCUGGGAUGCACGGUUCCGGUGUCAGCAGGGGUGGAUCUGGCUUCUCUGCUUCAUAUAAUUGUCAGGAGUCCCCGUCGUCUCACAUACAGCCUGGGCUCUGCGGACUUGGAAACCUAGGAAACACCUGCUUCAUGAACUCCGCUUUGCAGUGCCUGAGCAAUACUGCACCACUGACUGACUACUUUCUCAAAGAUGAGUAUGAGGUGGAAAUCAACAGAGAUAACCCUCUGGGGAUGAAAGGGGAGAUUGCAGAAGCCUAUGCAGAACUCAUUAAGCAGAUGUGGUCUGGAAGGGAUACUCAUGUGGCGCCUCGCAUGUUCAAAACCCAGGUAGGUCGUUUUGCCCCUCAGUUCUCUGGCUACCAGCAACAAGACUCUCAGGAGCUAUUAGCCUUUCUUCUAGACGGAUUGCAUGAAGAUCUGAACCGAGUGAAGAAGAAGCCCUACUUGGAGCUGAAGGAUGCCAAUGGGCGGCCAGAUGCGGUGGUAGCAAAGGAAGCCUGGGAGAAUCACAGGUUGAGGAAUGACUCUGUGAUUGUGGACACUUUCCAUGGCCUCUUUAAAUCCACUUUGGUUUGCCCAGAAUGUGCUAAAGUUUCUGUGACCUUUGACCCAUUUUGCUAUUUAACUCUCCCACUACCCUUGAAGAAAGAUCGAAUUAUGGAAGUCUUCUUGGUUCCUGCUGACCCUUGCUGCAGACCUACCCAGUACCGCGUGACUGUGCCGCUGAUGGGGGCUGUGUCGGACCUGUGCGAGGCUCUCUCCAGGCUGUCUGGCAUCGCUGCGGAAAAUAUGGUGGUCACAGAUGUGUAUAAUCACCGAUUCCACAAAAUUUUCCAAAUGGAUGAAGGUUUAAACCAUAUCAUGCCUCGAGAUGACAUUUUCGUGUACGAAGUCUGCAGCACCUCCGCGGAUGGCUCAGAGUGUGUCACGCUGCCAGUCUACUUCAGGGAGAGGAAGUCCAGGCUUUCGAGCACGUCCUCCGGGGCAGUGCUGUAUGGGCAGCCACUGCUGGUUUCUGUCCCCAAGCACAAGCUGACCCUCGAGUUCUUGUAUCAGGCUGUUUGUGAGCGUAUCAGCCGCUAUAUAAAACAGCCUUUGCCUGAUGAGUUUGGCAGCUCGCCCUUGGAGUUGGGGGCCUGCAAUGGCUCCAGGGGCAGCUGUGAAGGAGAAGAAGAAAUGGAACAUCAGGAAGAAGGCAAAGAGCAACUUUCGGAAACAGAAGGCAGUGGGGAGGAGGAGCUGGGCAGUGACCCCAGUGAGACCAUCCAAAAGAAGGUCAAAGGCCAGCCCUGCCCAAAAAGGCUUUUCACCUUCAGUGUUGUGAACUCCUAUGGAACAGCUGACAUAAAUUCACUUGCAACUGAUGGAAAACUGCUAAAACUCAACUCUCGAUCCACACUGGCCAUCGACUGGGACAGUGAAACUCGGAACCUUUACUAUGAUGAGCAAGAAUCUGAAACCUGUGAGAAGCACGUGAGCAUGUUGCAGCCACAGAAGAAGAAGAAAACCUCAGUGGCCCUGAGAGACUGCAUCGAGCUCUUCACCACCAUGGAGACCCUUGGGGAACACGACCCCUGGUACUGUCCCAACUGUAAGAAGCAUCAACAGGCCACAAAGAAGUUUGACCUGUGGUCCUUGCCCAAGAUCCUGGUGGUCCACCUGAAGCGUUUCUCCUACAACAGAUACUGGAGGGAUAAGCUUGACACGGUUGUGGAAUUCCCGGUUAGAGCUCUGAACAUGUCCGAGUUUGUCUGUGACCUGUCAGCAAGGCCCUAUGUGUACGACCUCAUUGCCGUGUCCAAUCAUUAUGGAGCCAUGGGGGUUGGCCACUAUACUGCAUAUGCAAAGAACAAAUUGAACGGGAAGUGGUAUUACUUUGAUGAUAGCAACGUGUCCCUGGCCUCUGAGGAUCAGAUAGUGACAAAAGCAGCUUAUGUGCUAUUUUACCAGCGUCGGGAUGACGAGUUUUCUAAGACACCGUCACCCAUCACUCUUCCUGGUUCCUCUGAUGGAGGGAUGAGACCAAGCAGCUCCCAGCAGGGAUUGGGGGAUGACGAGGCUUGCAGCAUGGACACCAACUGACGCUGCCUUGGCAACCCUGCCACCCGCAGCAGUGUAAUUCCCCGGGAGGACAUCUUUGAUGCUCUGAAGACUGCCAGUGUUCAGUCUAAAAACCAGAUGACGAAGUUCCCUUCUUUAAUGAGCAGAAGAAAAAAAAAAAAGACCUUGUUUGCUCAGAAGGGUUAUGUCAAGAGACUGAAUUAUUUUUCUUUUUAAACAGGUGGUGAGAGAUUUCUGUAAAACCUGUGGCGCUCUAGUGUGGGCGGGGGCGAGGGGUGGGGGGCCCCGUGGAGUAUGUCUGAUGGAUUCCAAAGAAUGGAGAGGAACACACUAUAACGGAGCAUGGUGUGGCUGGCCGUGAAGAUCUGCUGCAGGGCUGCCCUGAGUGCCUGGAUUUCUGGUUCUGUGCCGUUCACUGGUCACCUCAGUAGUCUGCUCACAGUAAACCGAGCCCUCAAACUUGG